CCCGCAGAAUCCUCAUAUGCCACGAAACGCUCUAAGAAGUCAAGAGACAACGAUGACUACGUCAACGUCGAUGAUGAGGACUGGGCGGAACAGUCUAGCGAUGCUGUUGUCCCCCGAGGAGCCACUAUCAAGUUCAGUGCACUCACGCGCAAACUUGCUGAGAUCCGGAAACCUGGGGACGGGGAGGACGAGCAGGUUGCGAGCAACCUAAACUCGCAUCGUAAUCAAAAAGAUACCCUCGUCUCGCACAUGUUCAUAGACCAGGAUUUCUCGUGGCUUCAUCUGAAACCUGACCACGCUUCACGUCCUAUCUGGAUCAGCCCCGAGGAUGGCCACAUCAUCCUCGAAGCAUUCUCGCCCAUCGCUGAACAGGCACAAGACUUUCUUGUAGCAAUAAGCGAGCCUGUCAGCAGACCUGCCUUCAUUCACGAAUACAAACUCACGUCGUAUUCAUUGUAUGCCGCCGUCUCGGUCGGCCUCCAGACAGAGGACAUAAUAGAAGUUCUGAACAGAUUAUCCAAGGUUCCCGUACCCGAAAGCAUUGUCUCAUUCAUCCGGGAGCGAACGUUGUCAUACGGGAAAGUCAAGCUUGUACUCAAGCACAACAAGUACUUUGUCGAAUCGACACAUCCAGAAACCCUGCAGGUGUUGCUGAAAGACAAGAUCAUUCGCGAAGCUCGAGUUCAUUCCCAGCAAACCGACAACAGUAUCAAGGCUGCCACAUUCACGACAUCUAAGGCACCGGUCAAGGGUAACCUAGUAAUUCCUGGUACGAAGGAAAUGGACAAGAAGAGGGACGACGCAGCAAGUGGCAAAGGCACUGCGCCUGCAGGCAGCUCAGCCACGGAUGCUGAUCUAUUCACGUCUGUUGUCGGCGUGGAUGCAGAUGAGGUGGAUGAGGACGACGAGAACGUGCACGCCUUUGAGAUAGACGAUGCCAAAAUCGACGAUGUCAAGAAGCGCUGUAACGAAUUGGAAUAUCCUAUGCUGGAGGAAUACGACUUCCGCAAUGAUACUAUCAACGCGAAUCUCGAUAUCGACCUGAAGCCUUCCACUGUCAUUCGGCCAUAUCAAGAGACGAGCCUCAGCAAAAUGUUCGGCAAUGGCCGUGCCCGUUCCGGCAUCAUCGUGCUGCCCUGCGGGGCCGGGAAAACGCUGGUCGGAAUCACCGCUGCGUGCACCAUCAAGAAGUCAUGUCUCGUGUUGUGCACGUCUUCGGUGUCGGUGAUGCAAUGGAAGCAGCAGUUCAUGCAGUGGUCGAACGUUACCGAUCGCCAGAUCGCCGUCUUCACCGCCGACCAAAAGGAAAAGUUCGCGGGCGAUAGUGGUAUCGUCAUUUCGACGUAUUCCAUGGUCGCUAACACCCAUAAUCGAUCACAUGAGUCGAAGAAGAUGAUGGAGUUCCUGACGUCCAGAGAAUGGGGGUUCAUUCUGUUGGACGAGGUGCACGUCGUACCUGCAGCCAUGUUCCGCAGAGUCGUGACUACCAUCAAGGCACACUCGAAGCUGGGGCUGACAGCGACGCUUGUCCGGGAGGACGAUAAGAUCGCCGACCUAAAUUACAUGAUCGGACCGAAGCUGUAUGAGGCCAACUGGAUGGACCUCGCCGCCAAGGGUCAUAUUGCGAACGUUCAGUGCGCCGAGGUGUGGUGCCCGAUGACACCGGAAUUCUACCGUGAAUACCUGCGCGAGCAGUCACGGAAGCGUAUGCUGCUCUAUUGCAUGAACCCGCGCAAGUUCCAGGCCUGCCAGUUUCUGAUCAAGUACCAUGAGGAUCGCGGUGAUAAAAUCAUCGUCUUCUCAGACAAUGUCUUUGCCCUCGAGGCAUACGCUAAGAAGCUGGGCAAGCUGUACAUCCAUGGCGGCACCGGUCAAGUCGAGCGAAUGAGAAUUUUGCAGCACUUCCAGCACAGCCCGGAAGUGAACACCAUAUUCCUGUCCAAAGUGGGCGACACUUCCAUUGACCUGCCAGAGGCAACGUGCCUCAUCCAGAUAUCCUCCCACUUCGGCUCCCGGAGGCAGGAGGCCCAGCGACUAGGGCGUAUCCUCCGUGCUAAGCGGCGCAACGACGAGGGCUUCAACGCGUUCUUCUAUUCGCUCGUCUCUAAGGAUACGCAGGAGAUGUUCUACAGCACCAAGCGGCAGCAGUUCCUCAUCGAUCAGGGGUACGCGUUCAAGGUCAUCACGCAUCUCGACGGCCUGGAGACCCUCCCCGAGCUCGUCUACCGCUCGCGCGACGAGCAGAUCGAGCUGCUCUCCUCGGUGCUGCUCGCGAACGAGAGCGAGGCGGACCUCGGCACGGACGUGCGCGCGGGCGAGGGCGACCUCGCGGGCACGAUCACGUCGAAGGACUUUGGGCCGCUGUCCAAGUUCCCCGGGGUGCAGCGCACGGCGGGCUCGCUGACCGCGCUCAGCGGCGCGCAGCACAUGUCGUACGUCGAGCAGAACAAGUCGGCGAACAAGAAGCUCGCGCGGGAGGCGGCGCCGCGGCACAAGCUGUUCGCCAAGCGGGACAAGGAGCUGGCCACCGCGCGCAAGGAGGCGAGGUCUGCGGCCAAGGCGCAGGGGUCAUAGCGCAAGCGGAGGUGUAGACGCGUCCGGGACUGGGCGGGUGAUUCAAUAGAGUACUGUACCCUAGAUAAUUUGCGCUUCUGGUUUUUGGCACGGUGAUUGUAAGAGCACGCUACCUCCGAGGUGUCGCGGAGUGCUCUCGAGGGGGC